AUGUCCACAGAAGCCGCCACCGACCCCAGCCCGCGGAGCGAGAAAUCAGUGUCUGCGCAGCAUCCUCUAUCGGCCUUAUCGGCAUCAGAACUUCGGAAUGCCGCGGCAAUCAUUAAAGCUUCAUGGCCUGCACACACAGAUGUGCACUUCAAAGUCGUUACGCUGCAGGAACCACCAAAGGCUGAAGUACUGAAGUACUUGGAGGCUGAGCAUAGCGGCAAGCCAGUUCCAUCUAUCUCAAGGAAAGCGUUUGUUAACUACUACAUUCGGAAUACUAGCAAGUUUCACGAGGCCGUUGUAGACCUGACCUCAGGGCGUGUCGACUCCAAUAUCUUGCUAGGACCCUUCGUCCACGCCAAUGGAGAUGGCGACGAGAUUGUCGAGAUCGAAAAACUCGUUCUGGCAGAUGAGAAGGUGCAAGCCGAGAUAGCCAAGCUCGAGUUGCCCAAAGGCACAGUAGUGAUUAGCGAUCCCUGGAUCUACGGUUCUGAUGGUGUCGGAGACGAAGACCGACUGUACCAAUGCUUCCUCUACUUGAGGGAUCCUAUGAACUCAUCAGAGGCCGACUCCAACCACUACGCAAUGCCUCUUCCAAUCUCACCUGUUGUGAGCACAGAAAGUAUGCGUGUCAUACGGGUUGACCUGCUACCAACUGGAGCAGACAACACAAUCAAAUCAGUUGAGAAGUACAAGAUACAACCGCCCAACGAGUACAUACCCGAGGCCCAGACGCUGCGAACCGAUCUCAAGCCGCUUAAUGUCAUUCAACCCGAGGGUGCGAGCUUCCAGGUCGAACAGCAAGGCACAUCGAGCGUCAUUUCAUGGCAAAAAUGGAACUUUCGAGUUGGCUUCAACCAGCGCGAAGGCAUGGUGCUGUAUGACGUCCGUUACGAUAAUCGUAGUUUGUUUUACCGAUUGAGCUUGAGCGACAUGAACAUUCCAUAUGCGGACCCGAGGCACCCCUUUCAUAAAAAGAGUGCGUUUGAUUUGGGCGAUGUUGGUGCCGGCAUCAUGGCGAAUAACCUCAAGCUGGGCUGCGACUGUCUGGGCUCCAUCUACUAUCUAAGCGCAGUGUUGGCCGAUAACAAGGGUGGUGUUGUUGAAAUGCCCAAUGUUGUCUGUGUUCACGAGCAAGACGCCGGAAUCGGUUUCAAGCACACCAAUUAUCGGACAGGCCGUGCCGUCGUCGCCCGAAAUCGCGAGCUGGUACUACAGAGUAUCAUCACCGUAAGCAACUACGAGUACAUCCUGGCCUUCAUUUUCAAUCAGGCAGGAGAAAUCGACUAUGAGAUCAGAGCUACUGGUAUUCUGAGCACCCAGCCUAUCGACGAGGGUGUAGAAGUGCCCUUUGGUACAGUUGUGCAUCCAGGUGUGUUGGCUGUCCACCACCAGCACAUAUUCUCGUUGCGUGUUGAUCCCAUGCUCGACGGCUACGAUAAUCGUCUGGUAUAUGACGAAGCGUUUGCGAUGCCGCGUUCGGACUUCAACCCCCAUGGUACUGGCUACUAUGUCCAGGAGACCGUCGUGGAGAAGUCUGGCGGUUAUGACAUUGCGUACGAGAACAACCGUACCUUCAAGAUUCAGAACCCCAAUGUGCGAAAUCCUGUUAAUGGAAAACCAGUAGCAUAUAAAAUACAAGCGCCACCAUUCCAGAAGAUCCUAUCAGACAAGGACUCAUUCAACUACAAGCGCGCCGAGUUUUCGGACCACAAUAUAUAUGUCGUCAAGCACAAAGACGGUGAGCUGUAUGCGGGUGGGCUGUACACCAAUCAAUCUCGAGGCGGAUCUGGUGUACGUUCAUGGGCGGAGAGGAACGAGAAUGUCAAGGACACCGACUUUGUGGUCUACAUCCAAGCAGGAAUCAACCACGUUCCUAGGAUCGAGGAUUUUCCUGUGAUGCCGUGUGAGAUCAUCAAGAUCCACAUGAAGCCUGUCAACUUUUUCGACAAGAACCCUGCGUUGGAUGUACCGCCAAGCGAGCAGGCGUUCAACAAGAGUAGCUUGCUGAGCGGAACCGAAGAGCUCAUCAUCGAAACCCUCGGUCGCGUCGGCCAGGUUCUCAACUUUCGCUUGGUGUACGACAAGGAAACCGGGCGCCCCAAAGGCUUUGGCUUCGCAGAGUUCGCCGACGCUGAUGCCGCAGCCUCCGCAGUGCGGAACCUCAACGACUACGAUUUGAUGGGAAGGAAGCUGAGGGUUGACUGGUCCAACGAGAGCGGCUCCGGCGACAAUGCGCCGUCGAAUCGCGACCAGAAUGCGCCGCCAAACAUGGGCAUGAACGGCCAGCAGCCAGCAGCGCCAGCACCGGCGCAGCCAUCGAGCACCCUGGGCCCUCUUCCACCGGGCGUCGAGCUGCCGCCCAACCUUACCUGUCCCGAUGCCAUUUCGCGCACGCUCUCUACACUCCCUCCAGACCAGCUCCUCGACAUCCUCUCACAGAUGAAGGGCCUCGUAAUGACGGAUCCGGCAAAGGCGACAGAGCUCCUGCGACAAGCGCCUCAGCUGGCUUACGCCAUUUUCCAGUCGCUGCUGCUCCUCCAGCUGGUCGACCCACAAAUCCUGACCUCGCUUGUGGAGACAUCGGCGGCGCCUGCCCCAGUUGCGCAGGCUCCACCUGUUCAGCAAGUACAGCAACCACCACCGCAAGUUGCGCGACCACCAGUAAACUACCCCGGAUACCCACCGCAAGUCGCGCCUACACCUCCUGUUCCACAGCCAUAUGCGCAGCCUCCACAGCAACCACAAGCACCCCCCACGGACCAACAAGCCUUAUAUGCCCAGGUCAUGGCUCUGUCGCAGCAGCAGAUUGACCAGUUGCAACCAGAAUAUCGCGCGCAGAUCCUGCAAAUACGGCAGAUGACCGAUUGGGUGAGUACGACACAGCUUACACCUAUAGCACGGGACUUAUUCGAAAUUAUGAAUAAUCCCGACCGCCGUGAAAGAGCGCAGAACUUGAAAGUGGAGAUGUUCGCACACGAUUUGUACAGUCGACAUCAUCUUCCAGAGGAGGAGGAAACUUGGGAACUCCUGAUUCAGUAUUUGGUCGAGGUUACAGAAUCUGAAUUUAUUUCAGACAGCUCAGGCGAUGGAAGCGAUUCUGACUUAGACGGGUUGGAACGUUGA